AUGCGUGCCGCCUUUCCUCAUAACACCCUCCACACGUUCGCCGUCAAGGCCAAUCCCGUGAAACGUGUACUGGAGCUCAUGCGAGAUGCCGGACUAGGCGCUGAGGUCGCCUCCCUAGGCGAGCUCCGGCACGCCCUGUCCUGCGGCUUCCCCCCCGACCGGGUGGUGUUUGACUCCCCCAUCAAGACGGCGGCGGAGCUCAGGUUCGCACUGGAGGCGGGUAGGACAGCACGCCGCUCCGGAAAUCCUAAAAACCCCCAAACCCAAACAGCCACAUUGUCGUACAAGCACAACCCGGAGACUGCCCCCAGGGUAGGUGAGGGCCGCAUCGCGGCGCUCUCCACUGCUGGCCGUGUUUCCAAAUUUGGCACCCCCCUCCUGGAGUGCCGCUCGGAGCUUUUGGCGGCCUUCGAGAAGCAUCCAUGGAUCAAUGCGCUGCAUGUGCACGUGGGGUCGCAGGGGGUGCCUCCGGAGCUCGCGAUCGAAGGCAUCGCGCGGGUCGCCCACCUGGCGGCGGAGGUGGAGGCAGCGGCGUCUUCUGGCAGCGGCGGCGGCGGAGCAGGCGGCGGUCGCGGCGCCGGACGGAUUCUUGCGUUUGAUAUUGGCGGCGGCUUGCCCGUACAGUACGACGACAAUGAUGACCUCAGCUGGCUGCUAGGCUCGCCGCCGGCAGUGCCGUCGGAUGAUGAUGCCCGGGAUCGCAUCACCGCGCCGGCGGCGGCGGCGGCGGCGGCGGCGGCGGCGGCGGCGGCGGCCGGGAACUUCAGCAGCAUAUUCGAGCGCUACGCCGUACUGCUGAGGCAGCGGAUUCCGGCCCUGUUUUCCGCCGACGUCGACGCUGCUGAACACCCCACGGCAGCGGCGGCGGCGCCGCCACCCCCGCCGCAGCUGGUGACAGAGUUUGGCCGUUGUCUGGUGGCCAAAUCUGUGUUCGCCGUCGGGCGAGUGGAGUACAGCAAGCGCUGCGGGGGCCGCCGGGUUGUGGUUUCGGGGCUGGGGGGCGAUCUACUGCUGCGUGCUGUCUACCUGCCUGAGACAUGGCCAGUACGAGUGGAGCUGUACGGCAUUGACGGCCGGCGUAAAUACCCACCACUGCCGCCGUCAUGCGACUGGGUUGUCGUACCUGACGUCGGCGCGUACUGCCUGUCCAUGUACAGCAGGUACAACAGCCGCUGCUCGCCGGCGGUGUGGGGCUUCCGUCGGCUGCUACCGGACCACCAGUGGCGGCAACAGCGGCGGCGGCGAGGGCUUGUGGAGAAGGAUGCGACGGCGAAGGACGGUACGGCAAUUGAGACGCCAGGGUCGCCGCCAGUGUCGGGGGUCAGCGACGGGGUGACGCAGCAGGAGGAGGAGGAGGAUUGCGGGUUUGUACGGCCGGCGGCAUGGACAGCGGACGGUGCCGGCAGCGGUAGUGUACGUGUGUACGGCGAGUACGAGUUCGUACUGCUGCGGCGGGCUGAGACAGUGGAGGAGGUGAUGACGUUUUGGAGUUUGGUGUAA